GGCAGCCCGGUGCCGGCGGGGAGCCCGUCCCGGCGCGCUGGGCUCUGCCGCUUGUCUUGCUUGCCGCUCUCCCGAUCCUGCAGCACCGCUGCGCAGCUCCCGCGGACCGGCCGGGACGGGACGAGCCGGGAGCUCGGCGGGGCUCGGGGCUUGCGAGGCGAGGCGAGGCGAGGCGAGGCUGGACGGCCGGGGCAGGGGCCGAGGCCGCCCGGCGCUGGCGGCGGGGGGCGGCGGGGGCCCGGAGCGGCGCGGUGCCGCCGGGGCCCGACGCAUGGCGGCGGCGGGGGGCAUCGCCACGCUGCCCGACGACGGCGGCAGCGGCGCCUUUCCCCCGGGCCACUUCAAGGACCCCAAGCGCCUGUACUGCAAGAACGGCGGCUUCUUUCUGCGCAUCAACCCCGACGGGAAAGUGGACGGCGUCCGCGAGAAGAGCGACCCGCACAUCAAGCUGCAGCUUCAGGCGGAGGAACGAGGAGUGGUGUCCAUCAAAGGUGUCAGUGCCAAUCGCUUCCUGGCCAUGAAGGAGGAUGGCAGAUUGCUGGCCUUGAAAUACGCAACAGAAGAAUGUUUCUUUUUCGAGCGUUUGGAAUCCAAUAACUACAACACUUACCGGUCCCGGAAAUACUCGGAUUGGUACGUGGCACUGAAAAGAACUGGACAGUACAAACCUGGACCAAAAACUGGACCUGGACAGAAAGCUAUCCUUUUCCUUCCUAUGUCUGCUAAAAGCUGACUUCCGUGGCAGAUUCUGAGCAUCAGUGCCACACAGCACUAAAGAUGUCGCCUUUCCUACUCCUCUCCAAAGUGGCCAAAUAUAAGCAAUUAUUUGCUGAUAUUAUAACUAUUUUUGCAGAUACCAGAUUAAACCAUGAAUGUUUCAUACUAUCUUU